AUGACACAAGCAGUUACCAAAAUUCUUGAUAAAAUGGAACGUAGAGUAACAUCAAUAUGUGGAAUUAGUCAAUAUAAUGAAAGUUUUGUUGAUUUUCUUAUUGUAUUAAUAUCAAUUAGUAUAUUAUCAGUUCGAUGGAUUAUUACAAAUCUUGCUGGUCUAACAGUUCGAUUAAUACGUAAAAAAAGAAAUGAAGGUAAUGGGUUUUUUAAUAUUCAUGAGAUUAAUUCUAAUGUAAUUGUAGAGCUUAUUACAAUUUGGCAGUCAACAUAUAAUUAUUACAGUCCAACAAUAUAUGCAAAAGAUCAAACAAAAGUUGCUGAAAUUAUUGAAGUGGGAUCAGUUCCAAUUGAUACUUCAACAAUACCUUAUUCAAUGACUGCUAAAGAACUUCAUACUAAAAUUUCAUCAUUUGAAAAGGUGACAUAUAUUACUGUUUUUGCAUUAUUAGCUAUUUUUCUGGGUAUUCUACCAUUGGUAUUAGCUGUUAUACCAUCUAAUCAAAAAGAAACUAAAGCUGAUGCAUUUUUUGAAAACAACAUAGUUUUAAAAGAAUUAAUAAAAUCAAAUGCAAAACCUAUUGGACUUUAUUUUGAUGGAGUUACACAUGAUCGAUCUUGGAUAAAAGAAUCAUAUAGUAAAAAUUCAUCAGUUUUUUCUGAUCUUAGUAUCACAUUAAAUGAUACACCUUUUACAAGAAAUUUUCCAAUUGAGAUGGAAAUAUUUAAUAAUUGUCAAUCUUUAAUUAGUGGAACUGGUUCAGAUUUAACAAAUGAAGUAUUAAACCCAAAAGAUAAACAAGCAGAUGAGCUCGCUGAAAGAUUUUUUUCUUCUAAUGUAUUAAAAGCUAUAGUUCAGCAUGCUACUGAAUAUAAUGAUGAUUCAUUUUAUGGAGAUGCUCUUUAUCAUUUCUUUGCAGGACUAUUAUUUGAAUCGUGA